AUGAGCGAGGCCAACGAGGAAGGCAUCCGCACCCUCAUAGAGAUGGGCCUCUCCCAACCCCGGGCCGUCACUGCCCUCGAGGUCGCACUCACGCCGCAGACCACAAGACAGAAGGGCGGGAACAAUGUGGAGCGGGCCAUCGAGUGGCACUUUGCCCACAUGGACGAUGUAGCGGUGCCGGUUGCCGGGCGCACCUCGCCCGUCGAGGGCAAUGGCGGCGGCCAUGGUAGCGCACCGCCGGGCGGCGCCUCGGCAGGCGUUGACGCCCGCGAGGCGUCUGCGGCUGGCGCGCUGGCUGGCAUGGGUGGAGCAGGCACAGGCGCUGGCAGCGUGGCCGGCGCAGGCACCACCGUCGCCGGCCCAGCCAACAGGCCGAGCAUCGAGGAGGAGCAGCUGAACAAAGCCAUCGCAGAGUCGCUGAAGGAAAGCCAGGGCGGCGGGGCAGGCGCUGCCGCCUCGGACGCCGCCGGCGGGAGCAAGGUCACUACCGAGGACGAGGCGCUGUCGAGGGCCAUCGAGGCCUCACUGGCGGACAAGCCCGGGUAUGAUCCCAUUGCCAUGGAGGCUGUCAAUCCGCACGACCGCGUCCGCGAUGACCCGUCGCUGCCGGUUGGUCUCAAGAACAUCGGGAACACGUGCUACGUCAACUCGCUCAUGCAGACCUACUUUCACCUCCCGGUCCUCCGCUACGCCGUUCUUUCGUUCGAGCCGGCACCUGAGGAUUAUGCCAUUCUCGACGCCAUGGAGCUCUCCGACGACACGGCCACCAACGCGCUGCGGUUUGUGCAGGAGAUGCAGCGCCUCUUUGGCUUCCUCUCGCUCACCACGCGCAAGGCCCUUGACGUCCGCAAAGUCAUGAACACCCUGCUCGCCGCCGACGGCAAGCCUAUUUCCAUGGGCGCCCAGCAGGACGCACAAGAGUUCCACAUGCGGUUCAUGCAGCGGCUCGAGGAGGCCUUUGACAUUGACUUUGCCGCUCGGACCGCCGGUGCUUCAACAGAGGCUGCUUCGCCGCCCGCCGAGCAGCAGCAGCAGCUCCUGUCACGUGCCAAUGUCAUCCGUGCGCUCUUUCAGGGAAAGGUCGUCUCUGUCCGCCGCGGGAACGAGGCUGACGGCACCCCGUUCGAGUCGGUCAGCACCGAGUCGUUUGCAGAGAUCAUGGUCCCGCUCGCAGACAACAUCUACGACGCCCUCGACGAGUACACUGCGCCGUCGACCAUCUCCGGGUACAUUUCGCCGGCCGGCCACACGACUGAUGCCGAAGAACUAACCAUGUUUGAAGAGUUUCCGCCCGUUGUCGCAAUCCAGCUCCGCCGUGUCGUCUACAACGCCGCGGUCGGCCAGCGAAUCAAGCUCAACUCCAAGGUCACGUUCCCCAAGUACCUGUAUAUGGACCGCUACCACGCGUCCAACGCCGCCACUGCAUCCAAGCUCCGCGAGCAGGCCAACGGGCUCAAGGCACAGCGGACCUCGCUCAAGGCCCAGCUCGAGAGCUACCUUAGCUUUCCGGCCGGCGACGCCAAGAUGCCGGUUCAGCAGCUGCUGCGCGGGUCGCUGUCGUACCUUGACGAGCUGACGUCGGACACACCGCGCCCGGUCGGUGCGCCGCCGGCGCCCGAGCUCGAUGCCAUGAAGGCCUUCUUCCAGCGUGCUCUCACCGCCGAAGUUGCUGCCGUCUCCAAGCUCGAAGAGUCCAUCUCGGUCCUGGAAGAUCAGAUCGAGCAAGUCUACGCCCACAUGACCGACCAUCCCUACCGGCUGCAUUCAGUCUUGGUCCACUCGGGUGGCGCCCAGUCGGGCCACUACUGGUCGUUCGUCUACGAGCCGACCGAGGACAAGUGGUACAACUUCAACGACGCCACCGUCACCGUCGUGGACGAGGACAAGGUCUGGGCCGACUCGUUUGGUGACACUUCGGGCACCAACGCGUACUGCCUCUUCUACGUCGACGCCUCUAGCGACAAGAACUUGCCGGGCAAGCCGCUGGCUGGCCCGUCGUCGUCAAUGGCCUCCACUGCGUCGUCGGCCUCGGGCGCGCUCGCGCUACCCACUCCGGCUUCGCCCGUCGCUGGAGGCCCGCUUGUAGGCGAUGAGAUCUCGCGGCUCAUUGCCUCACCCAAGGCCGUCUCCCACGCCUACUUUACCUCGGUCGUUCCGCCCAAGCUGCAAGACCUGGUCGAGGCUGACAACGCCGAACUCGUCGCCGAGAUGGCCAAGUGGGAUGCCGAGCACGCUGACGGUGCCGCCGACUCGCCUGCUUAUGGACCGCCCACUCUGGCCGAGGCCCAAGCCGCCGCUGUCGCUCGCGCCCAGGCUACCACAGACGCAUCUUUGGCUGCCACCGCUGCCGUCACCGCUCCCGGCUCGGCGGCCUCAUCCCCAGAGCUCGACGAAGGCAAGACCACCGCGUUUGUCGCUGCGUUUGCCUCCGAGCUUGAGAAUCUUGCUAUGGGCAUGUCCCAGCACUCGACCAUCCAGGACGAGCGCCUGGAGUCGUUCCCGCUCUUCCUUGCCCUGGAAGGCAUGCCCGACAUUGCCAAGCAUGCCAUCGCUGCCAAGGUCGUCCACGCCAUCACCGGCACCGCUCUCAACGCUGAUGCUGACACGCUGAGCGCCCUCUCGUGCGCCCUCCACGCCGCCGGCCACGACGAUGCCGACCUUGCCUCGUUCCAGCCUGCCGUCGUCACCCAGCUCCGCACCGCUUAUGCCAGCUUUUGCAACACCUCGGCCACGCUGCUUGCCGGGCUGACUGCACUUUCGAAGCGCGACGCCGUCAACGCACUCCGCCUGUUCGCGCACGGCCUCGCCCGCGAUGCGCACGGCGCCCACGGCUCGCGCCGGCGCGAGCUCAUCUUCUUCCUACGCGGCACAUUGGUCCUUGUCGCCGACGCCGCGCGGCUUGCCCUCGGCAAGCACACCGAGAGCGAAACCUCGCGCGGCCUGGUCCUCCUUCACGCCGCCGCCGCCGUCACCGUCGCCUCGCUCGCCGCCGACGAUCGUCUCCGCCUCGCCCUCGCAGCCCAGUGGCUGAGUUUGCUCGACAAGGCUGCCGCCUCUUCCUCGCCGCUGCCUUCCCCGCACCAUCUCGAGCUCAUUGCUGCCAUUUCUGACCUCCUCUCGGGUGCCCGCGGCUCCGGCGCUGCUGUCCUCACCCUUGUCCCCCUCCCUGAUGCAGCCGCAUCCGCCGCCUCGGCCACGCUCUCCCGCACCUCCUUUUCCACUGCCUUUACAGUCGCCGCCGCCACCUACGGCCCACGCUUCUCAUCGCUUCUCAAGCCCAUCUACGGCGCGGACUCGGACGCGCUCGAGUACACAUGA